CAACCCGCGGAGGGAGGGGGAGGAACAAAGAUGGCGGCCGGUGCUGCAGGAGUUGUUGUUGCCAUGGCGUCGUGCAGGAGAGCAAUAGCCGAGGGGGGUCCUCGUGAGGUCAGCCACCUCUGUGAGGUGUGAGCCAGGGGCCAGCCGGGGGGCAAGAGUCUCUCGGCUUGUGAGAGGGCUUUCUUCUCCCUUCUCUCCAAGAUGCCCCAAGCCUCAGAGCACCGCAUCAGCCGGGCAAGAGAACAGGCGGUCAUCACCUCUCAGCCGAAAGCCACCAACAAGCUCUCAAACGGACACCGGCCCCCGGGCCCAGAUCAUCGGGGCUGCUCCUCUUCCUCCUCGUCCUCCGCCUCCAACGGACUCUCGGCUGCUUCCAAGCUCCGGCCUUUACCGCCCAGGCCGAGCCCUCUGGAUGACCGGGGCAAGAAGCUGGAACUGGACCGGGGCAGGGCCUCGAAGCGCAGCGACAUGCGGGGCUCGGCCUCCCGCCGGGGCCCCGUCAAGGCGGACCAUGCGCUCAAAGUGCCCGGCUGCUCGCCGGCCCUCACCAUCUCCGGCAGCACCUCCUUCACCAUGCCGUCCGGGGUCCUCCUUAGCGGGCCGGACUCGGAGCGCCGGAGAAGCAACCUGCUCCGCUCCAAGUCGAUCAGCAUCGGUGACUUGAGCCAGACCGGCAGCCGUGGGGAGGAGCAGCUGAGUGCGGCGCUGAACCGGCUGGUCCUCCAGGACCGGAGUCCCUUGUGCAGCCACAAGCUGGGCCUGGGCGCCCUGGCCCUGAAGAGGAGCUCUUCCCUCCGGAGAGUCAACGUGGCUGCCGGGCUGGAUGGGAGGCCGUCGGCCACGCUGCUGUCGGUCCGCACGGAGGGCUGCCUGAGGACUCGCGCCACGGAUCCCCAGGCCACGGAAUACGCUUGCUCCCAAGACAUCUUGGGAUCGACGACCCCGCCCCAGAGCAAGGCCCCUGUUCCCAGCAGGCUGGAAGAGAAAGCGACCACUACGCAUCACACCCUCCUGCUGGGCUCUGGGCACAUCGGUCUGCGCAACCUUGGCAACACGUGUUUCAUGAACGCCGUGCUGCAGUGCCUGAGCAGCACCAAACCCCUGCGGGACUACUGCCUCCGUCGGGAAUUCCGGCAGGAGCAACCCGGCACGCUGCGGACCCAGCAGGAACUGACGGAAGCUUUUGCAGACGUCAUUGCCACGUUAUGGCACCCCGAUUCCAUGGAGGCCGCCAACCCCAGCCGCUUCAAAGCCGUCUUUCAGAAAUACGUGCCAUCCUUUACAGGAUACAGCCAGCAGGACGCUCAGGAGUUUUUGAAGUUUCUCAUGGAUCGGUUGCACGUGGAGAUCAAUCGGAAAGGGCGCAAGGCUCCCAGCAUCCUCUCUGACACCAAGCGGCCCUCAGUACUGGAGGACGCCGACGCCUUGAGUGACGACGAACAAGCCAACCAGAUGUGGAAGCGCUAUCUGGAAAGAGAAGACAGCAAGAUAGUAGACCUCUUUGUUGGCCAGUUGAAGAGCUGCCUCAAGUGUCAAGCGUGUGGCUAUCGGUCGACCACAUUUGAAGUUUUCUGCGACUUAUCUCUGCCUAUCCCAAAGAAAGGUUUCACCGGAGGGAAGGUCUCUCUGCUCGACUGCUUCAGCCUCUUCACCAAGGAGGAAGAGCUGGAUUCUGAGAACGCCCCGGUGUGUGACAAAUGCCGGCAGAGGACCCGAAGCACCAAGAAGCUCACCAUCCAGCGAUUUCCCCGCAUCCUAGUACUACACCUGAAUCGGUUCUCCACCACCCGCUACUCCAUUAAGAAAUGUUCCGUAUACGUGGAUUUCCCCCUCCAGCAGCUCAACCUGAAGGAGUUUGCCAGCGAAAAGGCCGGCACACCUGUGUACAACCUUUAUGCCCUCUGCAAUCACUCCGGCAGCGUGCACUAUGGCCACUACACCGCCUUCUGCAAGGAUCAGUCCAGCUGGCGGGUUUACAACGAUUCCCGGGUCUCUCCCAUCAGCGAGAACCAGGUCCCGUCAAGCGAGGGCUACGUCCUUUUCUAUGAGCUGGACGACAUGCACUGGAAGAAACAGUAAAAGUAUUGAACCCAGCACUUCGGCCUGCUGCCCUCUUACCUCAGAGACUGGUGCUCGGGUCUUUUAAAAUAAAUCUGGUGGGGGGGGGGGAGACAGUGACACAAAAAAAUGAUAAAACUAACAAACGACACUGUGUGGGGUUUGUUUCUGAGAGCGACUUGGGUCAUCCACCCGCUACAUAUAUACCCAGGUUUUCUUUUGUUUUCCUCCUCCUCCUCCUCCUCCUUCUUCUUCUUUUAAGUUCACCAGGUCUUAAGGCAGGAUGGGGGAGAAAUGUUGGCCCCAGGGAAGGACUUGAGGUUGCAGGGGAAGGCCGGAGAGAGAGGGGUGUAUGCGUAAGGAGAAAUGGGGGGCCUCCCUUGUCUGUCCGUCCAUCCGCCCGUCCGUCCCCCUUCCAGCCUUCAGGGGAAAUAAUGUGUGCUCACCCCUCAGACAGAGACUGUGGCAAUCACUACUGAUUUUAACGACUAUGUGACUUUGUACAUAAUGAUGGGUUUGUACAUAGAUGAUGAGAGAAAAAUGAAGAGGUUGAAACUUUUUUUUGUGAAUAAAUUUACUAAAAAAAUAU